AUGGGCAUGUCUACAUGCCAGGACACUACAGUGGUUCCUCUUGCCUUACCAAAGGUCAGGCAGGAGCCAUUCAAAUCUCAGGGUCAGGAUUCCACAGAAGCCCUGGAGGAUUCCUCCGGACAGGAUUUCCCUCAUCCAGGGGGCUCUAAUCCAUCCAGACCCACAGUGACUCCAGCUGACCAUCUGGCAAUUGAGUGGAGGAUCCUGAGUCAAGACAAUCUUUCCUCCAGGGUCAUCCAGAACAUCCAGGCCUCUAGGAGGCCAUCCACCGAUAGGGUAUUUGAUGCUACCUGGCGAGUCUUUUGCACCUGGUGCUCCAGGAUGGGCACUGAUCCAUCUUCGGUAUCCGUGGCUCACAUCCUGGAUUUUCUCCAGGAUGGAUUGGACAAGGGGUUAACACCUAAUACUAUACGAAGACAGGUGGCAGCACUGUCUUCAGUCUUGUCAUGUGGGAGUCUGGAGUCUCUCACUAAACAUCCCACCGUGCACAGGUUCCUCAGGGGUGCUACCAAUUUGAGGCCUCCUGUGGUCCACAGAUAUCCUAUCUGGGAUCUGAUGAAGGUUUUGAAUACCCUCACCAGGGGACCCUUUGAGCCAAUUAGAUUGGCCAGGCUGCGCUUCCACACAUGUAAAGUGGCCUUCCUUGUGGCCAUUACAUCGGCCAGAUUUUGGAACUGGCAACCCUUUCUAUGA